UGAUGGGCCCCUUAUCAGUGGGUGCCAGGCAGGGCUGUCCCGGGGCUGGGGGGCGGAUCUUCCCGAGCCCAGUUAUCAGUCCCAGAGUCCACGGGACUCUCCUCUGGGUUAACGUGUAACCACAACACACCCUCCCGCCCCCAAAACCCAGUAGGGCCCAGACACGGGUGACGAGGGGUGUCACAGACCCAGAUGGACACCAGGGAAAUGGUGACUCCCAGAAACCCCUGCUUCUCAGCCCAAUCCCCCCACAUUGCCAGGUGGCUGAGCCCCUUCUUCCUCGCCUGCGCCUUCUACUUCCUCAUCUGGGUUCCUGAGGACCAGCCAUUGUGGGUCAGUGCCCUGGUCAAAGGUCUGCCCGUCCUCUGCCUGGUGGUGUUCCUGGGGGCCGUGGCCCCGGAGGGGGGCUCCACCCCCCUCUUCCAGGGGGGCCUCCUGUGCUCUUUCGUGGGGGACGCCUGCCUCGUCUGGCCUGAGGCCUUCCUCUACGGCAUGGCCGCCUUCGCGGCCGCGCACCUGCUCUACCUCGCGGCCCUCGGCUUCUCCCCGCUGCGGCCGGGCCUGCUGCUGCCCGUGCUCCUGCCCGCGGGCGCCUUCCUCGGCCUGCUGCGGCCGCACCUGCCGCCCGCCCUGGCCGCGCCCGUGGCGGCCUACUCGCUGCUGAUGGCGCUCGUGCUCUGGCGCGGCCUGGCCCGCCGUGGCGGCGCCGGCCGGGGCGCGCUGCUCUUCGCCUUCUCGGACGCGCUGCUGGCCUGGGACACCUUCGUGCGGCCCCUGCCCCGCGGCCGCCUGCUCGUCAUGGCCUCCUACUACGCCGGCCAGGCCUUCCUCGCGCGCUCGGCCGUCGGGAGCCCGCGGCGCCGCGCCCGGUGACCUCCUCCCGGCCCCGACGCCCGAGGGGCCUCUCCGGGGCCCGCCCCCGCCCGCUGGCCCCGCCCCGAGGGACC